AUGGCCGACCGACCCACGCUCAGUCUGCCGCCAACGAGCCUCCACCUGCUCUCGGGUGCCCUCUCCGGGCUGGCCUCAUGCGUCCUCCUCCAGCCAUUCGACCUCCUCAAGACACGCCUCCAGCAGGCCCACAUCAGCGCCGGGCCCCCGUCAACGCUCUCGAUCUAUCGGGUGUCUUCCGACGUUAUCUCGCGCGAUGGCGUCCUGGGUCUCUGGCGAGGCACCUCGCCGACGAUCAUCCGGAAUGUCCCGGGGAUCGCGGUGUAUUUUUUCGGGCUAGCCCAGCUCCGGACAAGCAUGUCCUCGUUGAGUCUGUUUGCCCAGCAGGAGCCGCCGACGCCCCUCGGCCUCCUCCCUCCCCGCCCGACCACCAACAUCCUGCCCACGCUCACCCCGACCGGCGACUUCUUCGCCGGCGUCCUGGCCAGGACUUCGGUCGGCUUCGUCUUGAUGCCAAUCACUGUCGUCAAGACUCGCUUCGAGUCGAACUUGUACGAUUACCGGAGUAUCCGCGAAGCCUUCCAAGCAAUAGUCGAGACACAAGGUCUGAAAGGCUUGUGGCGGGGGUUUAUCCCGACGGUCCUGCGCGAUGCGCCGUUCGCAGGGGUCUUUAUCUCUGCGUACGAGGCGACGAAGCGGGUGCUAGUGGAGCCGGGGCAGCGGUACCCGAUCCUGCUCCACACCGUCCCGGCGACCGCCGCGGCGAUCGUCGCCACCCUCAUCACCGCGCCCUUCGACCUCCUCAAAACAGACCUCCAGCUCCGCCACUCCUCCUCCAACACCUCCAUCCCCGCCGCCCUCAAACUCAUCCUCAACGGCCGGAUCGCCAACGCGAGGAUCCUCUUCAAAGGCUCCGGGCUCAGACUGCUCCGCAAGAGCCUCAGCUCGGCUAUCGGCUGGACCCUCUAUGAAGGAUUGAUCAAGAAAUGGGCAAUCAAGAAUUGA